AUGGAACAAAGGAACAACGUCACUGAGUUCGUGCUCUUGGGACUCACUCAGAGCCUGCAGGGUCAAAAAAUAUUAUUUGCUGUGUUCUUGCUGGUCUACAUGGUGACAGUGGCAGGCAACCUACUCAUUGUCGUGACUGUGGUGCUCAGCCCAGCACUGGAUUCUCCAAUGUACUUCUUUCUUGGCUACUUAUCAUUUAUGGAUGUUGUUUACUCUAGCACAGUUACUCCGCAUACGAUGAAGGACCUACUCCAUGAGAAGAAAACCAUUUCCUUCGAAGCUUGUAUGACUCAGCUUUUUUCAGAACAUUUCUUUGGUGGUGCUGAGAUUUUGCUUGUGGUUGUCAUGGCCUAUGACCGCUAUGUGGCCAUCUGCAAACCCCUGCAUUAUCUGACCAUCAUGAACCGACGCAUGUGUGUUCAGUUGUUGGUGUUAGCCUGGGUUGGGGGUUUUGUGCAUGCUGUGCUUCACAUUCUUUUUGUUUACAACCUUCCCUUCUGUGGCCCCAAUGCCAUCGACCACUUCAUCUGUGACAUGUACCCCUUACUGAAACUCACCUGCAUGGACACCUACAUUAUUGGCCUCACAGUGGUGACCAAUGAUGGGACGAUCUGCGUGGUCAUCUUUUCACUCUUGCUCAUCUCCUACGGGGUCAUUCUGCACACCCUGAAGAAUGUGAGCCAGGAAGGGAGGCGCAAGGCCUUGUCCACCUGUGGCUCCCACAUCACCGUGGUGGUCCUCUUCUUUGUACCUUGCAUUGUCAUGUAUGUGAGACCUCCCUCUACCUUGCCCAUUGAUAAAUGCUUGACUGUGUUCAACACUGUUAUGACCCCAAUGCUGAACCCCCUCAUCUAUACUCUGAGAAACACGGAGAUGAAAAAUGCCAUGAGAAGACUUUGGACUAGGAAACAGCACAAAUGA